UCGCUCUGUGCAGGAGGCGUACACGAGACAAUACACUGAAGAACAGCACCACAUGACAAAGUGUCAAAUUUACUUAACAGCAGAUUCCUUUCUGUGGAGUGGAACUGAGUAUAUGAAAAGGAUCUCUUUGCUUCAAUGUGUGUGACAGAGGAGUCUGGUGUUUUCCAUUGUCAAACACGUACCAGAUGACCAUCCUUGUGUCAACCCUGAUUCAGAGCAAAGCUAAGUUGCAGGUAAAGUGUCUGUGCGUGCUUAUAUUCCUGAGCUUCCCUCUAGCUAUGACUGAGGUCCCUGGUCCAUGUAGACACUCCAUCACAAAGGAGCACUUGCUGACAGUCAGGCAUCUGAUGGAUAACCAGUUGAGAAGUGGGUGCUCGAUAACUUACACAUUCAUUGAACGGAGAAGUUUGAGCAAAUGUUGCUUUGUAAAAGCCGCAUUCCCCUGGAUCCUCGAGCUCCUCACCACCCACUUCAAAUAUAGUCGGGGCUCAGUCAAUGAUGGCUACGUUCAAUCCCUGAGAGCGCUCAUCCUCAACAUCUACUCUCAGAAAUGUGUGCCUCAGAUUAAUGAAGAGGUUGAGGACAAGCCAGAGAGUUUUGAAAUACUCUACAGAGGGUCUCCUUCUGAGGCACUGCAGAGGGUUUCAGAGGUGCUGUCUGUUUACUGGGAGUUGGUGACGAUGAGCGAUGUACCCAUCAACUGGAGAUGCCAGCAUGAGUACAUAGAAACCUUUGGCUCUACCACAGAGCUAUCCACAGAGUCAUCCUUGCAAGAUUUUACAGUUAUGUUAGGAACUCAGCAAAGGCCUCACACAGAAGUCCAGUCAAAGACAUGUACAAGUUCAGCUUCAUCAUCAUCAUCGCCUCUGUCUGCGGAGGACUGCUGUUGAUAAUUACUCUCUACUGUCUCAUUACACAAAAGGUAUCAGUGCUUCCGCUUUGUUCCUAAAUCCCAUGUACCCUGAUAGAGUCUAGCCAUGCAUUCCAGUCAUAUUGUAAUAAAACAAAACUUGGCAGCAUUUGUCUGUGCUCUCCAGGCCAGAAGGACCAGCUCUCCCUUCCGGGUAAUUACUGAGCAUAACAAAACAAGCAGGAGGCUGGACUUGCUACUUAGAACAGAAGUACUAUUUUGCAGCAGCACAUGAACUGCAGUCUGCAAAUGCUUUUGGGCACCAGCUAUUAGCUAUUAUUUCAGAUAAUGCAAUGUGCAGUUCAGAUCUGCAGUCGUCUUCAUGUUCUGUCUUCAUCAUCUACACAUAAUAUUAUUUAUUCCUAAAAUGUGACAUAACGAAAGAUUUAAACAACUUUAAAUUGUUUAACAGGAUUAACCCCGCAGGAGUUGCAGUGCCUUAAUGGCUUAUUAAAAACACAGUGCCGCCAAAAAGUAUUAAGAGCUUAAGAACACAAUAAAGUAAGGGCCCUGAAACAGCACCAGGUGCAGUUUAUUGCUGGUAAAAACACAGAUUUUCUAGAAAGCACUAAUGUCCUUAAAGGGCUGCUUACAAAAGAGACACAUGAGUGCGUUGAAGGAGAGGAGCAAAAGCAUUUCAGAAUAGUGUAAAAGUUAAUGGUGAACAAAGAAGAGUUUGUAAUUAGUGUUUACUUUGUGAGGUUAAGGAACUGGUAAGCUAUGUUUUAUUGAUUCUUGUAGAGAAAAGUAUGCUCUACAUCAGGCACAGACAUAUAUAUGUAGGGGCAUUGAACAGCCACAGUAAAGUGCUGGGGACUCUGUCUAACUCUGAUUCUGAGGCCAGAGCUUUGAUCAGCAUGUGUUUGGUGUGAGAUGUGAAUUUAGUACCUGCAUGAACAUGCAAACUGCACGUGCAAAGUUGUGCUUAGUUCUUUCACAUAUGUGUGCUAUGUGGAAUGCAAGGAUGAUUUUGAUCACAAGGAAGGCAGGAGAUGGGUUUUCAUUGUCAUACUACACCAGAACUGGAUGAUUAAGUUAGUGACCUUCAGCAUUAAAUCACAUUAGAGCUGAUUCUUCUCAGUAUAAUGCUGUUUAUUCGGCUAAUAACAUUAUACAUUCUCCAUUCUGAAUACAUUCCUUGAUGAUUAUGGCUUAAAUCAGACUCUAGAUGGACAUUUAAGUUUUCCACUGGCCGGCAAUCAGUGAAAGACCAACCAGUGAUCGGUAGACAAACUUGGAAUAUGCACCAGAUAGAGAGGCAACUCUGGACAUCAGUGAGUCUCAGGGUUUUGGACAAAUUUUGUUGUUGGAUUAUUUACACGAGGAAGGUAGAGAGCUGCAUCUGCUUCCUGUCAUGAACUGAUCUUGACUGGAUAACAAGAAAAAUUUAAAAAAAAAACAAAAUAACAAGACGAGACAGCUUUAAGGAAGUAUUACUUGUUUAUAGCCCUAAUUAAAAUGACUGCAUAAAGUGACAUGAUGUCAGCAGCAGAAUAAGAGGGUGCUGCGUGUUUAAAUUCACAAAUAUAUAUAUAGGGGGUGAUCGAAAUAUGAGUGGAAUACCAUUCUUGGCCUGCUGACAGUAAUUUCUUCUGUAACUUUAACUUGUGUCUUGCGCUCACUCUGUUUCCUGUCUUUCCUGGUUUUUUGCCACGGUGUGUGUGUGUGUGUGUGGAAAUAUCAUCCUUUCAACUGCUGCUGAAUUCUCUCAGACUUUAACUGACAACAUCCAAUGUGCUCAGUAGGAAUGUGAAGCCACAAGAGGAUGCUAAGCAUUAAAAUGCUCCAUGAGAAAGUGGGCAACCUUCUGGAAAUCAUUUCAAAACUUGCUGCUGCCUUUAGUUUUUUGCCGUAAAGCCUGCCUUAGUAAACUAUAAUAAUAGCUAUCAGCUGAAUAAGCUGUGUAAUUGCAAUAUGAAGCAGCAGCUAAUACGUGCAAAAAGAAAUCUUACAAAGUCAGACAAAGCAGCAUUUAUCUUCACUCAGUGCAUGUGCAGUGAUAGAUGGUCAUGCAUAUUCCAGGUUUUUAGUGUUUAGAUUGCAUCAAGCUGAGCCCUGUGAGACUUUACAGUUAUAACAUGAAUGUAAAUCUGUGAACUGUCUUUGACACACAAGCUUUUUUAAACGACCUGGAAUUCCCAUCACUGCUGCACAGUUUCCACACAGUGGGAAGCAGACUAACUGAAAAUCCAGACCAAAAAACGUCAAAACAUAGAUUGAUUUUGACCGGGAUCCUUUUGAAUCUGACCUGUAACCAACUUUGGGUGAGGACCUGCCAGUCAAA